AGUGGUUAUACAUGGCUUCAUAUUAUCUGCUCCGGGAUCGCAGUGACUCUUAUUAUACUCUUAAUAGUCAUAGGAAACUUUAUGGUCAUCUGGGCCAUUAUCACAGACAGAAAUUUAAAAGGACCUCAGAAUCUAUUUAUAGCAUCACUCGCCUUCGCGGACAUGUUCUUAGGAAUAUUGGUUAUACCGUUUUCACUGGCGAACGAGUUGAUGGGAUAUUGGUAUUUUGGAGUAAUCUGGUGCGAGCUCUGGAAGGCGGUUGAUGUAUUGUUAUGUACGGCCUCUAUUUCAAGUCUCUGUCUGAUCAGUUUAGACCGUUAUUGGUCUAUAACCAGGGCAAUGAGUUACUCGCGACAAAGAACUCCGAAAAGAGCAGCACUAAUGAUUAUGAUUGUUUGGUGUGUCUCGGCGACUGUUUGUAUUCCACCUUUAAUUGGGUGGAAGCAGCCAGUCCAACAUUCAGUCUGGCCAAUGUGUAAUCUUAGCGAUGAUAUCGGUUAUGUGUUUUAUUCCUCGAUCGGCUCGUUUUAUAUCCCAGCUUUCAUCAUGGUGUUUGUGUAUUUUAAGAUCUGGCAGGCUGCUAAAGCUCGUGCCAGGAAAACUAUGAAUCGAAAAGAUCCGGGUAUUGCCGACAACGACACGGAAUCGUCUACAGAACAAACCAAAGCAUUAUUAGAUCAUAGUGCCAGAGACACUACCGAUACGGCCGACACAGACGGGGGCAAUUCUACUGAAGCUGGAAAUGGUAAACUUCACAAGUUUCAAAUCGUGGAACCGAAACAAAACGGUAAUCCGACUGUGUUAGAUAAAGACAAAGUUAAAGUGAAAAGACAAGGUAUUCUUCCCGGCAUAACUCGACAUUUAUUUCAGAAGAAUCGAAAUAAGAAAAAGGUGAACUCCGGAGGCAGUGAUUCAAAAACACCGGACUACAUGUCGGCAGAUAAACACAAACGGAAGUUAGCUAAAGCGCGUGAACGGAGAGCGACGUUGGUGCUAGGGUUAGUUAUGGCAGCUUUUAUUCUCUGCUGGGGGCCAUUCUUUACCAUGUAUUUAAUCUCUUCGUUUUGUAAGGACUGUAUUGGCGAAAUGGUGUUUACUGUGUUUUUCUGGAUUGGAUAUUGCAACUCCGCCUUAAAUCCUCUUAUUUAUACCGUGUUUAAUCGGGAUUUUAAAAAAGCUUUCCAGCGAAUGAUCUGC